GUGAGGGUGGUGUUGAAGGCUAUGGCUGGCGAGCAGGUGAGUCCAGCCGCCUCCCAGAGGAGUAGCCAGGCCACCGCCCGGACGGCCACGGCCGGGGGAGCCAGGACGCCGGAGAACGCGCGCCCCAGAAGAGCGCGCGGGGACAAAAUGCGGUCGGAGGAACCUGCACACGCCUCACACCGCUCCUAGAGCACGCUGUCACGGAGUUACAGACCGGGACGGAAGAUUCAAUGCGCGCACGCCAGCGGUCCAGCCGUUACCCUGCUCCCCGCAUCCCCGGCCCCCGAAAGUUCCGGCGUCAAGGAGGCCGCGGUACCGCCCCCUCGUCGGCCCGCCCCUUGCACUCCCGGUCGGGGGCGGAGCGAGGAGCGGCGGAAGCGCCGUGACGUGUGCCAGGGCAGUUGCUCUAGGAGCCGCUCCGCGGGACCCCAGCAUGAGUCUGAGCUCCGCGCGUUGUCCUGGGAACAGCCUAGCCCAGCUCCCGGCGUCCACCUCCACUUCCAGCAGGAAGUCAUUAUGCGACUAACACAUUUUCAUCAGAUUUCCUCUGAUUUACUGUGAAGUAUAUGUGAGAAUGAUGUGCACUGCCAAGAAAUGUGGAAUUAGGUUCCAGCCUCCGGCUGUUAUCUUAAUCUAUGAGAAUGAAAUGCAGGGGAAAAGUCGCCAGCGCAUCAUGCCUGUCCGAAACUUUUCAAAGUAUUCAGAUUGCAGCAGAGCUGCUGAACAAUUAAAGAAUAAUCCACGACACAAGGGUUACCUGGAACAGGUAUCCCUGAAGCAACUAGAGAAGUUAUUCAGUUUUUUACGAGGUUACUUGUGGGGGCAGAGUUUGGCAGAAACAAUGGAAAAAAUUCAGCGGGAAACCACCAUUGAUCCUGAGGAAGACCUGAACAAACUAGAUGACAAGGAACUUGCCAAAAGGAAGAGCAUCAUGGAUGAACUUUUUGAGAAAAAUCAGAAGAAGAAGGAUGAUCCAAAUUUUGUUUAUGACAUUGAAGUGGAGUUCCCACAGGAUGAACAACUACAGUCCUGUGGCUGGGACACAGAGUCAGCUGACGAGUCCUGAUAACCAAAAACUAAAAAAAAAAUUAUCAGGUAGUAGAAAAUCCAUGUUUAUACAAGACCAUAGAUUGGUUGUAGAAAAAUCUGUAAAGAACACUAUGCAUAUUGGGUCACAUUUGGAUUGACCAUGUUACUUUUCAAAACCAAGAUAUGUAGAGCAUCUACUAUGUAGGUGCAUAUGGAAUAUAGGGAAAACAGAAUAUAGGAAUCUGCCUUUAAGGAGCUUACAGUCUAAUUGGAAGAUAAGUCAAAAGCUUAUGAAAAGCUAGUUUAAUGGUAUUAGGCAGCAUUAGAUCUAAAUGCUUGAUAAAGGCUAGAGAGGAUCAGAACCUAGAUUACGGUAGGGUAGAAUAGUCAGGGAGGACUUUGUCCAUCGGUGGCAAGAUGGUACUUUGCCUGGCCCUUGAAAUGGUAGUAUUUGGAUAGAAGCUUAUAUAGGAUUCCAGAUUAAACUGGGAGGAAAAAAAGGGGGAUGUUGCAGGGGAUUGGUAAAGAGAUAGGAAUUAGAAUGUUUUAUUUGAGGAACAGUAAGCAAAUUAUAGUUUGAUAAGAUCAGAGGGCGUAUAUGGUUGCCAACAAUGCAUAUAUGCAUCGUUUUUAUAUCUAUGUAACUCUGGAGUAGAAGAGUACCCCUGCAGAGUGCCCUGCGGCUUCAAGUGGAUGUAAUCUGAUGGAUAGCAGGGGAACUCUGCCCCAUCCCCCUGCCCCAGUAUCAGGAAAUAUGUACUAAAGACAUUCUGAAACCCUGAACCUCUUCCCAUAAGUAAGAGGUUUGUUUGUAAAAUGGGAAAUCUACCCAUAAUAAAUGAACAUAUGUACAGCCAGUUUAGGCCUGUUCAUGAGUUUGUAUCUCCAAAGAGAAGAUCGUUGUUGAACAAGGUUAUAUAUGUACAGAUAUAUCUUUCUUCAUAUUAGAAUAUUUAAUUGGUAGAAAUCCUGUUUUCUGCAAGGAAAUUAAUACCCAUUAAAUAAAGCUAUAAAAGUUACUCAUUCUUUC